CCUCAUCACGCUGACCCAUGGCUGACAAUGAUAACCUGACAGUAACGGUUCAGCAGACCAACGACAAUUUCUACAUAAAGGAGUCCUCCCAGAAGAAGGACCAUUCUUUCACUCUGGGAGUCCCGUUUGACCAUGAGCUAGCAGGUGGAACAGUGAUCAAAGGCACAUGGGUCCUUGAUGGGAACAUACUCAACGGAACCUUCACGGGGAAAGGCGACGGAAAACCGUAUCUCGCCAAAAAAGAAGUGACUGGGAACAAACUUGUGCAGACUUUCAGCUAUGAUGGAGUCACUGCAAAGAGAAUCUUCAAGAAAGUUUAGGCGUUUUAGGUGGACCAUGGCCACACUGCACCAGAAACUGCAGGACUACAGAGCGACUGCCUCAUUGAUGUGACCAUGCACUGCCUUCAUCCACGCAGGAGACAGACAAGGGCAUCUCCAUAUCAGCAGCAAAGCUCCUUCCAUGUUUUUUAUCUCUAAGUGCAUUUACAUAAAAAUGAAAAAUAAAGACACUUCUGCCUA